UCCACUAUCUCACCAGAAAGGUACUCCCACUCUCACACCUGCGCAUUGAUAUGUCACUGGAAAUUUGACUCGUUAAGAAGCGCGGGAAGCUCUCAUUAAUACCACGCUUAAGUGCAGAGAGAGGAUGAACGAUUCAGGCGCCAUUCUGUGUCAGAUCUCUUCUCUCAAGGACAUGCUUGAUCAGGUGAAUGAAGAAAUCGAAGCGAGCAUCCAGAUAACCAGAGAAAUUGAAUCGGAAAUGGUCAAGUGCGGGGAAAUCGAGUGCGCUUUAGCUGCUCGUGAAUCUGAGUUGAUGAAAAUGGGUUAUACGUUGCAGUCCGAGAUCACUGGUUUGAUCACUGUCGCUUCUGAUUCAAGAAACUCUCUGAAAGUCAUGGAGGAUGGCGUACAUUGUUUAAAAAAGAAGCGAGAUGAAACAUCGAAAAGAUUGAAUAACAAACGAGAAGGAUUCAUUACAUCAUGCCUAGAUUUUCAGAAGUCCAUUAAUAGCAGGGAAAAUGAUGAACUGAAGCCUUUGCUGUCAGAGAGAGAGUUUCUAGAACAUGAAGUUCACAUUUUAGAUAAGAAAAAUAACAUUUUUGCAAGUUCAGUGUCGGCAUUUGUGGAGGAGAUUGUUGAAGAUAUCCAUAACUCGAUUUCUGGAAAGGCCAUGGCCAAUCCAUAUCAAGAACUCAAAUGAUUGAAGUUCACAAGAUAUAAAACCACAAUUGAUCUUUGAAAGUUAAUGCCAAUUUGUUGCUAUAUUGUCGAGCUUUUCUGAAGGUAAGAUUUUUCAUUAGCAAAAUGAUGAAGAACACUAUGGAAAAACUAUUAAUACUUAACUGCUAAGUUAUUCUUUUAUGUGCUUACAUUUUUCUUUUAGAUUGACCUAAAACCUUAGGGAUAAUAAUAUCUAAAAUUUUUUUAAUUUAGAAAAUAGAAAAAAGCUUUACCUAUAUUUAGCUUAUAUCUAUAAAUAUUCAAGCCACUUUAAUCCACACAUUUUGAGGGACAUACAAUUGCUACUCACUUAUCUACCCCUUAUUUUUAUAUAUUUAUAAUUUAAACAGUUUAUAAAUGCUUUCGGAAACAUGCUUCUAUUGUCAAUAAAGAAGAAACUAUUGAAGAUAGUGCAAGUAUUGAAGAGUUUUCUAUAUUUGCGAGGAUUGUCCAGGAAUAAGCAAGCAAGAAAUUCAUCUCUUCUUGUAGCUAAAUGUGUAAAUGUCCUAUUCAACAUCAACAGGAAUAUCAUCUGAAGAGGCAUAGAAAGAUUGAGAACGCUCAAUCCUAGAGAUGAAAGUGGAAUCACAAAAACAGGGAAAGAGAAUGAACUAAAACAGAGCGGAUUUUCCACCUUAUGCUUAUAGUGAUCCUGGGAUAUUGUAUCUCUUAUAUUUUUCUUGUUUGGAUAUAGUGGAGAUAUUGAGACAUUGCAGUAAUUUGUGUUGCUGUGUUCUGCAGCUUUGCAUGUUGAGAUUGAAAGUGGGAGCAUUGAGAAUGAGAAAUUACUCAAGGAUAUCGGGGAGCUGAAGUCAACAUUGCUUUCAAC